AUGCCGAACACAAUGAUGCGCCAGCAGAUCGAGGCGGCAGUCAGCGACGCCCUCAACGCCUCCCGCCGCGAGGGCGCCGCCCGCACCUCCGGCCGCGGCCCCAUCAGCGGCGCGCCGUUCGGCGCUGACGAGGACGAGGACGGCGCCGCUGACGAGGACGAUGACGUCAGCGAGGAGGCGCUGCUGUUUGGGGAGGGGUCCUCCCUGGACGAGCUGGAGGCGGCGCUGGAGCGGCAGGCGGGCGCCGCCAGGCAGCAGCUUGCCGGCGCGUCCUGA